AUGUUAACCAAAGUAUUUUCACCUAAACAAUUUAUGUUAGUCUCAGAAACUAAAUUAUACUAAUAAAAAUGUUAGAUCAAUCAAUUUACUUUCAAACAUCAUUUAUCCAUACAUUGCAAUUAAAAAACAUGUUUAAAUUAUAAUAGCAGAUAUCAAUUUUGGAAGUUUUCUUCAAACUAAAAUAUUUAAUCCACUUAACAAUCUAAUUAAGAAUUGCAGAAUGUAUCAAAAUCUGAUACCAAACUAUCAAAAAUUUCAAUUUUCAAUAUUUUUAAUAAAAGCUAAAGCAUUAUUGAAGAAAAAUAGAAAAACAUAAAAAGUAAAAAUUAUUUAGAGCAAAUGAAGAAUUCUUAAUUAAAUUUUUUGUUUCAAGAAUAAGUCUCUAAAUUAAAGGAUGUUGGGAAAGCCUCCUACAAAUAUUUUUUAAUAGGAAUAUUUGUUUUAGGUUUUGCAUAUUCAAUACCAAAAUCAAUCUCAACCUUUCUGGCCACAAAAAUGGCAAUUUCAACUCAAUUAUCAAUAGAAAACCUCAAAAAAGAGAAUGAAAUGCUAAAAAGCAAAUUGGAACUUGUAAAAAAUAAAAUAGAAGCAGAAAGCACAAAAGUUAAUGAUUUGAGAUAGAAAAAUAUAUAAUGA